GUUCAAGACUUCAUACCAGACCUUCUGUUAGUCCUACGAUUCUCCUCUCUAAUAUGUAUCAAAGACCUGAUAUGAUCACUCCUGGUGCUACUAUGGAUCCUUCUGCUCAGGAUCCUCGUCAUAUUCAACAACACUUUGAUGAUUUUUAUGAAGAUUUGUUUGACGAGCUGAGCAAGUAUGCGGAGAUUGAAAGUCUUAAUAUCUGUGACAAUUUAGCUGAUCAUAUGGUGGGGAAUGUUUAUGUUCAAUUUAGAGAGGAAGAAGAUGCUGCUAAUGCACUUAAGAAUUUGACUGGAAGGUUUUAUGCAGGGCGUCCUAUUAUUGUUGAUUUCUCUCCUGUGACCGAUUUCCGGGAAGCUACCUGUAGGCAGUAUGAAGAGAAUACGUGUAAUCGAGGUGGAUAUCGUAACUUUAUGCAUUUGAAGAAGAUUAGCAGGGAAUUGAGGCGGCAACUAUUUGGUAGGUAUCGUUCAAGGCCUAGCCACAGUAGAAGCAGAAGCCAUAGUCCUUACAGGCAUCAAAGUUAUGAAGAGCGUUCACAUGGUGGUCGUGGUUAUGAAAGAAGGUCUAGUGAUCGGGGUAGUAGGAGGAGGACUAGGAGCAGAAGUCCUGGAAGGAAAAGGGGACGAAGUAGGAGUCCUGAAAGGAAGAGGAAUAGGAGCCUUGGUAGGGAAAGGGAAGGUAGUGCAGAGAGGAGGGCCAAAAUUGAGAAGUGGAAUAGGGAAAAGGAACAAGUAGUAUCUAGUAAUGAGAAUAGUAAUACUACUACUGGUGUCACUCACAAUGAAAGCAAUUGGCACGAUGCACAGAAUGGAGAGCAAUACUAUGAGCAAUAA